AUGGUCAAGAAGGGACAGUCCUCGAAAGGUGGACCAAAGCCAGGUACAUCUGCUGGUAAGAAUAAACCAGCAUCAGCACCCGUUGCGGAUGAUAGUUUUAUCGUCUUUUCAAAUUCCGAUAAAGAGCCAAAGCAGAGAAAACCACCAGCUCAAGGACAAGAUGGAUCUGAUCCAAUGGGUGAGGUACCGAAGAGGCCGGAUGUUAAGAAGUUAAUUGGGGGACAAUCGUGGACUGGAAAGUUACCCGUCAAUUUACUUUCGGAACAUUGUCAGAAGCAAAGAUGGGAAAAGCCGGAAUAUACUAUGAGCAAAACUCCGGAAGGAUUCUCUUCAAUGGUAAUUCUCAAAGCUAAAAAUCCAAAAACUCAAGAACUCGUAUCGCUAGCUCCGUUCAAAUUACCUCCUUCGCAUAAACAUCUUGCGGUCAAACCAACAGCCCUCGAAGCUAGACAUUUCGCUGCUACAUAUGGGCUUUUCCGAGUUCUCAAUAUGCGAAACAUUCAUAUGACACUUCCACCCGAUUAUCGAGAUUUAUGGAAGGGAGAGUUUGAAGUUUUGAAGAAAGAAGAUGUUAAGGAAGGAAAAGCGUGGAUGUAUGAGGCGGAUCCUUUUGCUGCCUUGAGGGAAAGAGAAGAUGCAAAAGCUGCAAUGGAAAAAAAGCGAAAUGACCAGCAAAAGGCUAGGGAAAAGGCUAUGAGUACACCAGGAUCGGCAGGCCCAGGAGGUGUAGGUUUGGCUUUACGUGGUAAUGGAAGUAAUAGCACAAAUCAAGCGGGAGGUUCAUCGCAUAACAACAUUCACAGAGGAUGGACUAAAGUUCCAAAAAUCGAAAUGGGCAAGCGAACACGGACGAAGGUCGAAAGUUUAGUGAGGAGACAUGCUAUUUGGAAUCCACAUGAUGUCAAGUUAUCAGAUUUUCAAAAGCAUUCAAUUGUGAAGGAGUUUAAGACUCUUGAUUUCCGGCAAAGUCACAUUGAAGAGGCUGUUGAAAUAUGCAAGGAUCGGGAGGAAACUCUUGAAUGGCUACUUAUCCAUGUUCCGGAGGACGAUCUACCAAGAUGGGCAUUGCCAGAAGGAUAUGUCGCUGGUAUUAGUAUGGCAAGUAGUGACUUGAAGCGUGAAGGUGCUAUCAAGAGACUGGCUGAAGCUGGAUACUCUCUUGAGCUUUGCAAGCAGAUCUUUGAUAUUCAUAACGAUGAAGGCAAAGCUUCUGAGGCUUUACAACACAUACUCAUGUCGAGUGGGAAAGAUGUGGAAUCUAUUCCAAGCGAAGAUUCAUGGGACACUGAAGAUGCCAAGGAAUCUUCCGAGGAGAUCUGGGAAGAGGAAAUGACAGGUCUUCAGUCUGUCUUUGGGGAGAAAUAUUCUCGUCCAUCGAAGGAUGUUUGCAGGAUCACGAUUAAACCAGCCAAUCGUGGAACAAAUCUCCCUGUUGAGCCUAUCAUCCAGUUUCGACGAUCUUCAGAGUAUCCUCAAAAAGUUCCGGUCCUGUCUAUUCACGUUCAAUUACCCGCAUAUAUUCGUUUGAGUAUUAUGAAGCAAGCGUUGAAUCACGCCAUGGAAGAUUUACUUGGUGAGCAUAUGUUGUUUUUUCUUAUUGACUGGGUGGAACAAAAUCUUUACAACAUCAUUGAAAGACCUGGAAAGCUCAGCGACGUUUCUGCGGCUGCAUCGACAGUUAGUGAGAUUCAGCCAGUUCGUCGGAGAAGACAAAACGUUUCGAGACACCCUAGAGCAAUUAAAUGGAUUGCCAACGACAGGAGCAAGGAUGACUGGAUUAGUCGACAGCUGAACCCAAAGUUGGAAUCCAUGAUAAAAGGUCGGAGAACUUUGCCUGCAUGGGAGAUGAAAGAUAUUAUCGUUGAUACCGUCAGCUCCCAUCAAGUUACCAUUAUAUCAGGAGAAACUGGUUCUGGUAAAUCGACUCAAUCAGCCCAAUUUAUUCUGGAUGACAUGUACCAGAGAGCUUUUGGAGAUUGUGCAAAGAUUAUUUGUACGCAACCUAGACGUAUUUCUGCUUUAGGGUUGGCGGAUCGUGUUAGUGACGAACGAUGUUCCGCUGUUGGUCAAGAGGUUGGAUACAUUAUUCGAGGGGAGUCAAAAGCAUCACCCAAUACCAAGAUCACUUUUGUGACUACAGGUGUACUUCUUAGGCGAUUACAAACGUCCGGAGGAAGUAGUGAUGAUGUCGUAGCAUCACUUGCAGAUGUUAGUCAUGUUAUCAUUGAUGAGGUUCACGAGAGAUCUUUGGAUACAGAUUUCUUACUUGUUUUGUUACGGGAUGUUCUUCGUCAACGGAAAGACUUAAAGUUAAUCUUGAUGAGUGCCACUUUGGAUGCUGGUAUUUUUGAAGAUUAUUUCAAGAGUGGUGGAGAAGUUGGCAGAGUCGAAAUUAGUGGUCGUACAUACCCCGUGGAAGAUUAUUAUCUUGAUGAUGUUAUCCGAAUGACUAAUUUCAAUCCGGGCUUUGGUGGUAAAUACCAGGAAGAUAAUCAGGAGACAUCAGGUAUGGAUUCGGACGUCGCAGCUGCCAUUCAAAGUAUUGGUAUGAGGAUCAAUUAUGAUUUGAUCAGUCAGACGGUUAAAGAGAUUGAUGCUGAAUUAACUCAUCUGAAACAAGAUGGUGGGAUUCUCAUAUUCAUGCCUGGUCUGGUCGAAAUCACUCGAACACUUGAUUACUUGAAGACGAUACCAAAUUUACAUGCUCUACCAUUACACGCUUCUUUACAAUCAUCAGAUCAACGAAAAGUAUUUCCACAUGCUCCAUAUGGUAAACGAAAAGUUAUAGUUGCCACGAAUGUCGCCGAAACAUCCAUCACAAUUGAUGAUAUUGUUGCAGUGAUAGAUACUGGUCGCGUGAAAGAGACAAGUUAUGAUCCUCAAAACAAUAUGCGAAAAUUGGAAGAAGUAUGGGCUUCACGUGCUGCAUGUAAACAAAGAAGAGGUAGAGCAGGUCGUGUUCAAGCUGGGAAAUGUUACAAGCUUUAUACAAGAAAUGCCGAAAAGUCGAAAAUGAUGGAGAGACCGGAACCUGAGAUUAGAAGGGUACCAUUAGAACAACUAUGUUUAUCUGUACGUGCUAUGGGAAUCAAGGAAGUCGGAUCAUUUUUAGCCAGUGCAAUCACUCCUCCUGAAAGUAUGGCCGUUGAUGGUGCUAUGGAUUUAUUGAGAAGAAUGGGUGCUCUUGAUGGAGAUGAUCUUACCGCACUAGGUCGUCAUCUUUCAAUGAUUCCUGCUGAUCUUCGUUGCGGUAAACUGAUGGUCUAUGGUGCUAUGUUUGGUUGUUUAGACGCUGCAGUCACAAUUGCGGCUAUCUUGACCGUUAAAUCACCUUUUGUAUCACCUCAGGAUAAGAGAGAAGAGUCGAAAUCUGCAAGGGCGAGGUUUGCCAAGAAUCAAGGUGAUUUAAUCGGAGAUCUUCGAGCUUUCGAGGAGUGGUAUGAGAUAAUCAAUAAUAGAAAUUACCGACAAGGAGAGAUUCGAAACUGGUGCAAUGAUAAUUACCUUUCAUAUCAAACACUCAAUGAUAUCUCCUCGAAUCGAACUCAGUACCUCACGUCUCUUCGUGAAAUUGGUUUCAUUCCAUCUUCAUCCAUCCUCCCAUCAGCCUUAUCCGCCAAAUCAUCAAACAAUGCUCUCAUUAGAUCUCUUUGCGCAGGAGCAUUCAAUCCUCAACUUGCACGGAUCGAUUUUCCAGACAAGAAGUUCGCGGCUUCAGUCUCAGGUGCUGUGGAAUUAGACCCAGAAGCAAAAACAAUCAAAUAUUUCAAUCAAGAAAAUGGACGUGUUUUCGUACAUCCAAGUAGUACCAUCUUUGACGCGCAAACAUUCCCGGGCAAUAGUAAAUAUAUGAGUUAUUUUAACAAGAUGGCGACGAGUAAAAUAUUCAUUAGAGAUUUAACACCCUUUAAUGCAUACACGGCGCUACUCUUCUCGGGACCAAUUACACUGGAUACAUUAGGAAGAGGUCUUUUGGUAGAUGGUUGGCUGAGACUAAGAGGUUGGGCAAGAAUUGGUGUACUGGUUAGUAGAUUGAGGGGGAUGUUGGAUGAUGUUUUGGCGAGGAAAAUCGAUGAGCCCGGUAUGGAUUUGUCGGGGAAUGAGGUGGUGGAGGUGGUCUUGAAGUUGGUAGAGUUGGAUGGGAUGGAUCAUUUCGAUAUAUUGAGACCUACCCACAGCGGAACCAUCAUCAACUCGUAG